AUGGCUGACACCCUGGGACAGGUUGUGGUGGCGCUGUCCUCCAGCGGCACCCUGCCCACCCCCGUCGGCCAGCCCGCUGGCACCGAUCGGAGCCCCUCCAAGCUCCGGAAAGCAAGCAGCACCUCGGUCACCUCCCGGCAACCAGAUGAGCCCACCGUGCCAUACCAGGCCAGGCCUGUGACCUCCGCCGUCAUCACGCACAACCUCACCGCUGCCCUGCCGGUCAUGGAGGUCGGGGAGCUGGGCCAGGAGGAGCUGGAGGCCCGGGUGCGACAGGUCAUCGAGGACUACCGACAGAAGCUGGAGGACCGCACGGAUCACCACAUGGGGUAUCCGUACAACCUGGACUUUGACUACGGCCCGCUGGAGGGCCUGCAGAAGUUCUGCAUCAACAACCUGGGCGACCCCUUCAUCGAGUCAAACUAUGGCGUGCACAGCCGCGAGUUCGAGAUCGGCGUGCUCCAGUGGUUUGCGCGGCUGUGGGAGAUCGAGGAGGAUGAGUUCUGGGGAUACGUGACCAACUGCGGGACGGAGGGCAACCUGCACGGCAUCCUGGUGGGCCGCGAGACGCUGCCCGACGGCGUGCUGUACAGCUCCGCGGAGUCGCACUACUCCGUCUUCAAGGCCGCGCGCAUGUACCGCAUGGAGGCGGUCAAGGUGGGCGUGCUGGGCACGGGGGAGAUCGACUACGACCACCUCCGCGCAUGCCUGGCCGCCAACGCGGACAAGCCCGCCAUCCUGAACCUGAACAUCGGCACCACCGUGCGCGGCGCGGUGGACGACGUCGACCGUGUGCUGGCCAUCCUGGCCGACCUGGGCUUCGGCGAGGACAGGUUUUACAUCCACUGCGACGGCGCGCUCUUCGGCAUGAUGAUCCCCUUUGUCAAGCGGGCGCCCAUGGUGACCUUCAAGAAGCCCAUCGGGAGCGUGUCGGUGUCGGGGCACAAGUUCGUGGGCGCGCCUGUGCCUUGUGGCGUGGUCAUGACCCGCCUGAAGCACAUCCAGGCACUGUCCACAGACGUGGAGUACCUGAACUCCCGCGACGCCACCAUCAUGGGGUCGCGCAACGGGCACGCCCCCAUCUACAUGUGGUACACCUUCACGCGCAAGGGCUACGAGGGCCUGCGCAAGGACGUGGAGCGCUGCCUGCGCAACGCGCACCUGCUCCGGUCCAUGCUGGAGCGGGCCGGGGUGGUGACCAGCCUGAACGAGCUGUCCUCCACCGUCGUGUUCGAGCGCCCCGCCGACGAGGACUUUGUGCGCCGCUGGCAGCUGGCCUGCCAGGGCGACAUCGCGCACGUCGUCGUCAUGCCCAACAUCACCGUGGCCAAGCUGGAGCGCUUUGUCACCGAGCUCAUCGCCGUGAGGGCAAAGAGCUCGCUGGCGGGCGCCCUGGCCAUCUCGGCCGAGGCCAUCCGGGAGGGCGAGGAGGAGGCGUGA